CUUCCCCUGGCGCAGUAAUCAGAUAGAAACAAAGCAACAAACUCGACAUUAUCAUAGUCUCUGCUCUUAACACUACUGGCGCAAGCAAAAAAUGUCUUAUAUCACUGAAAACACAAUCUGGCCAACAGCCGCUACAGUGCUGCCAGAAGUUCAAGAAUUGAUUCGCCAAUUCUAUGUUUUAGCUGAUAUUCCGGACCCAGAAACCGGAGAUCAGUACGCCACAGACAUCUUUACCCCCACGGGUAUGAUGAAGGGCCCUUUCGGUCCAUCUGAUGUUUUUGUGGGUGAAGCUGAAAUACGAAAGUCCAAGCUGAAUGCCUGGAAGGCAUUUUCCUCUCGUCGCCAUCGUGUCAAACAAGUAUUUGUCGCUGAUAAGAACGGAUACGACCUGAUGCUCAUUGGCGAGGUUGAACUUGGGCUGAAGAACGGGAAAUCGUACACGAAUGAGUACACAUGCCGCAUGCUAGUAGAUCAAGCUAGCGUGAACGACGGCAAGCCUCGCCUUGCUCUCAGUUCUGUCUGGUCCGACACCUCGGGGGUAAUGGCGGCGCUUAAGUAGAUGCCGGAUCUCGGAGAAAGCACUCGGAGGAAACGAUAAGUGCCGUUACUUUCUUUCGUGUUUUCUUUUUCUAUUUUCGAGACGCCAAUUACGUCGAAUAUCCCUGAUAGUUUAACGUACAUCGGACUACGGCGAACCAAAGAGCGCUCAUGGAAAUAGGCACCUCUGAACAAGGAGGUCGGAAGCUACCUAGAUAAUCAUUUGAAACUCAAUAUAUACUUAGAAAAGUUAUGGGCCAUUACGAUGAAGAAUGAAGGGCUUGUCAAAAACGCUCCUCAUAGAGACAUUACCAAAAUAAAGUAGUUACAGGUUGGAGGGCGCACGGAAUUUCCUAAUUAAUUCCUCAAAGAAGAAAAAGGAAGCGAAAAAAGGAGCUCCAGAGCUAGGCACUAAAAAAAGAAAAAUAAUGAGAGUGCAUCAUAUAUUC